UAAUCGAAACCACUAAUCAGGAACUGAGCCGCAACCCGUCACGCGCGCCUCUGAGAAAUGAAUGGCGGAGAGAACGACCCGCUAAACCGGCACCACUGAUCGCCGCCUAGCUCAAUAUGGAACGUCUGAUUAGUCGGCACCACUAUCGGGUCGGCGCCCGAUCCUCGCUCACCUGCCCGGCAGCUUCGCGCUCCGCUUCCAGAACUGCUUGCUGUUUUCCGCGGCCAUGGCUGGGGGCAGAGGCCGGGUCCCCCACCAGCUCCGGGAGGGAGGGGACGAGCCGAAGCGGUGGGCCCCAGAGCCUCCGGCCGAGGCCGUUUCACCUCCUCCCUCCAGGGACCCCGUUGCCAGUCCCCAGCGCCGCCAUCUUGGAUCCGGGCGGGCACGGUUCCCCCCCCCAUUGGCUGCCUGACCGAGAGUCUUCAAAUCUGGCCAAUCCUGAGCCGGAUUCCGAGAGUAACGUAAAACAAAAAUGUAAAAAGUGAGGAAUCAAGAAGCUGGACAGAGCUCGAGGGGCGGGAUAAUUUGUCUAGCGAAGCGCGGGGGAUGGGUAGAAAUUUGGAAAAGGGGACGGGAGAGAGAGAGCGCGAGAGCGGAGGCGAUCACCACGAGCAGCCCGUGGACAGGAAGGCGGUUAGGUUUAACUGUAGAAAUUGGUUGGAACAAGAAUAGGAUGGGAGACCACCACGGUAAACAAUAAAAUAAAAGUUCAGCUCUGCUAGGGCGGGGUUUAAACUGCCCGGUAUCAGCCUGGGAAGGAAUUCAGGCAGGGGUUGUUUUAGGAUUGCUAUCUAUCUCAGAAAAACAGCUGCUACUUAUCCCUUUGCACGAUCUCAUUCAAAUAUACGCAGUUUUAAAUUUUUAUCCACUCCCACCCCCAGACGAGACGCAGCUAAAAACAAUUAGCAGUCAUCUCAAGCGGCUACUUUGCCAUAAAUAGAUACAAAUUCAGCCUUUUCUUUUCUUUUUUAUUACCCGGGCGAUAAGCUUGUGCUGGCAACGUCCUCCAGCCACAGGACAUAGUUGCCUAAAUUCCCCCAAGAUGCAGUGAAGAAGGUAGAGAGGCACCGAUUUAUAAGAUUUUAUUUAAGGGGGAAAAUAGCUCUUAGAGCCCCAAGACUUGGACUUUCAACUGCAUAUUGUACACCAUUUUUUUGUCCAUUUAGCCUGAUAUCAGAAACCAUGGAACCAUCAGACAAAAUACUGCUGGGGUAUUAAUUGCUAGGGCAAAACAUCAUUGUGAAAUUUCUUUCUCAGGGAGGCUUGCCAGGCUGCAUUGUUCAAGACUUAAGAGGCCACUACUGGAGAAGCCAGGAUGAUCCUCCUAUUGGCAAAUGGCUUCUGUGGCAUGUUGCCAAAAACAGGGGCUGUUGUAGCUGGUCUCUACAUGAUUACUAUGACCAAUAUGUACCUUAUCUUUGAGACUGGUCACCUAAACCGGUCCUUAACUCUAUCAAAGAAAGCCAUGGUAAAAGGCACCACUACUAGCCUAUUGUGGGUCCUCCCUUCUUGUUACUACGCAGCUAUUGGCCUGGCUGUUGUAACCUAUCCUAUAUGUAUCUACUACAUCUAUUCAGUCAUCAAGCGAAACAUAAUGGGAAUAUGUGUGUACAUUGCUUGGAUCAUCUUCUAUGACUUAGCCAACUGUGUCAUUAUAGUUCUCACUGCCAAAGCUGCACAUCAAGCCAAGUUUAAAAUCAGUCCUUUGGAAUGGUUUGGGUUGGCCACCAGAAUUCCCACAGAUUGCUUUUGGCUCUCCUUUACUGUAACAUAUGCUAUAUUGAUUAUGGAAAGCCAAAGCACUGGGAGGAUGUCACUGAAGGUAAGACGGGCAUCUAGACAAGUGGUAGUACCUCCCAGGCUUAGAUUGGGCAGCAUUGCCAGGAGAAUCCAAUGAGCGCUGUCCAUUUCUUCAUCUAUGUGAUCCUCUCUGCAUUUGUGCACACCAGGCCUUUGCAACAUAGGGCCUACCAAGCAAAACACAGCCUGCCACAUAUAUACUGCUACCCACUGAUAGCUUGAUAAGCCUCUGAUUACUGCUGCCUGUUUGAACUGCAAAAAACCAGAAGGUAGUUGUAUAUGACUGUUGGACUGUUUUUGGUCUGGUGAGCGAGACAUUGUGCAGACUUAGUGUACAUAUACAGGCAUUCCAAGAGGUGUUUCGUGUGCUCUAACUUGCUCUUAUUGCAUUGCUUUGGGAUUGGCUGGAUGUCUUUAAUAUAUUUAUUCUAUUAUUAUUCUGUCAA